AUGAAUUAUGAAAAUAAUUCUCAUCAACUUCAUGACGGGUUUCCUCAGGAUGAUUAUGAGAAAGAUAAUGGAAAGGAAUCAAUACUUAAUACAAAGGACUCGGAAGAGGAUCCUUAUGUUGAUUUAUUUCAUGAAUACGAGGAUGAGCCUUUAAGGUCGGAAGCCUUCAACACGUUCCGAAAGGAAAAAAGCAAUCCUUUUCAAGCGUUUCUGGAACAGAGAGAGAAGAAACUACAACAAGCUAAAUUUGCAACCAAUUCACAGCUCUAUCCAAGACCCAAAUCAAGCGACUCUUCAAAAAACAAUUCAGUGGAUGAUCAUCAUUAUUUUAAAUCGUUUUCUCAACAUAAACCUUCCAAAGGAUUGGACGACUCGUUCAUUGCUGAAUCGGAAAGCUUCUUGGAAGAAAUGAAUAAUUUACAACAGAUGACACUUGAUGUCAAAACUGUGGACAAACGAAAAUCUACAGUGUCAAAACUCAACGAUGAUCUUCGAAGGAAAACCACUCACAAAGUGGCCCCAUCGGAAGCACCAACGGGAAGCUUUCAACAACAUGUAAACAAUAUGGAUUUUUCUUCACAAACAUUUAAGGCGUUGAACAACUUCAAUCAAGAGGAACCUUUUUAUGAGACAUCAUUCAAAAAACAACUAGAGGCCCGAAUACGAGCCAGAAAUGAUGCACAUCGAUUAUGGCGAAAAGGAUCGAGAGAGGAGGAGUCUCAAACGAAAAACUACUUUAAGCCAGAUGAUCUUCGCAAAAUAAUUGCUGCCAGUGUCAAGAAACCCGAGAAGGAAGACAACACACCAAAAGCAUUCUGUUUGGCAGGCUUGUUGGAUGAAGUUGGCGAAAAAUCAAAUCCUCAACAAAAACUAAACUCAUCCAGUGGAUCGAAAAGAUUUUCCAAGUCCAUGUUGCACAAUUCAAAAGUCACGACAAGUCUCGAUCUGUCCAAGUCCAGCAAGAAUUCCUCCACGGAUGGCGGUAGCAACAGCAGGUCCUCCAGUGCCAAAAAAGUGCGUUUUAAUCCUGAGGCAAAUCCUCAGCAGAGCAAUCAGAGAAGCAAAUCUUUAACAAAGAAAGAAGGGCAGACCGAAAACACUUCAAAAAAGGUUUCAACUUCCAACUCUGUUGUGACAUCAGCUUCAAAAUCCACCUCGUUGUCCAAUGCUAAACAAGCACCGCAACAACAACCUCAAAAGGGAUCGUUGAGAGAGCUCCUCGCUCAAAGGAAAGGUGUUUCAUUAGAUAAUUAUGUGGUCAAACAACCCCCUUCUUCCUCUGCUGCUCGAACAUCCUCCUCCUCGCUUACUAAAGCGAUUGCCUCUCACGAUGUUCAGAGGCCACACACAACUCCAACCUUCUCUACAUCUGUACAACAAUCUUUCAAACCAGAAACAAUUACAAUCAGCCUAAAGGACAGCAUCAAAACUCUUGAACAAGCAUCUUCAAAACACAAUGUCAAAAAAAUUGAAGAAGACUCGCCUAACAACGACAAUUCGGAUAAGGUGACAAAAUCGAAUACAAGAUUUGAGCUCGGUUCAUUUUACAAUGAGGAAGAUGAAGAUGACUUUUUUGAGGCUCGACGAUUGAUGCACAGAAUAUCUAUGCUUCGUAACUUUAUUGGAGGAAACUCUUCUAAAAUAAACGAUCAUUAA